AUGGGCAAACCUGAUGACUAUGGCCCGGUCAUGAACGCCUCGUUGUGGACCUGCGUUGCGUUCGCUACCAUCUUCCUCGGUCUACGACUAUUCGCCAAAUUCUGGAAACACCGUGGACUGUGGUGGGACGACUACUUCCUCAUCGGCGCCUGGUCCAUGCUCAUUAUUAGCGUUGGCAUCAACACCAAGAAUGUCUCUCUAGGCUUCGGCAAGAAGCUCACAGCCUUUCCUCCGGAUUUCGACUUCAGCAUAUUCGAAACGGUCGGUCUCUUGGGAAAUUUGGGCGGCAACGCCUCCAUGUUUGGCAUCGCGUGGAGCAAGACAUCGUUUGCCUUGACGCUGCUCCGUGUCGUCGAGGGCCGCAUGAAAUGGGCCAUCUGGUUCAUCAUGAUCACCGUCAACCUGUCCAUCACCGGCAUGGUAAUCAUGACAUGGGCUCGGUGCAGCCCUGUGCAGAAGAAUUACAAGACAACCCUGCCUGGUCACUGCUGGGAUGCGAAGAUCAACGCCGAUUACAUGAUCUUUGCCUCUGCCUACUCUGGAAUCAUGGACAUUGUGCUCGCUCUCCUCCCUUGGCAAGUCCUGUGGGGGCUCCAACUGAACCUGAAGGAAAAGCUCGGAGUGGGCAUCGCCAUGAGUCUUGGCAUCUUCGCCGGUGUUAUCGCCUUCAUAAAGUGCUCUGUACUUCCUUCUGUCGGAGGGCCGAACUUCAACUACGACGGUUCACUUGUAAUCAUCUGGGUUGAGGUCGAGAACGUCAUCGCCAUCAUCGCAGCCUCGAUCCCCGUUCUCCGCGUCUUCUUCAAGGACCUCAAAUCCUCGGCCCGAGGCUACUACGCGUACGGUACCGACGACAACACAAAGAGGUCUCGCAUCGGCAACAACACUGUUGUCGUGACAGCGAACCGCACUGUAAACCGCCGCGGCUCGGUUAGCAAACACAUGGGCGAGUCUGGUCUCGAUGACGACAGCGACAAGAGUAUCCUCGACGGCCGUCACGGUACGAGUCCCAGCUCUGGCGUCCUGGGCGGCAUUACGCGCACAAAGGAGAUCACCGUCGACUACGAUGCAGCGCGGGACGGAGACAGUGCGCGGAGCGAAGGCUACGAGAUGGAGCAGAUGGGCGGCCGUAGACAUGAUCACCCGCACAGCCCUGGCAUGGCCGUGUAA